GUCCUCCGCUUUCUCUCUGUGCGAAAAGGUACAACUGAGGACACAUUACUUUUUGAGACAAACGAACGGGAUGAAUGAGAUAAGGAAUUUGUUACCAUGUCCGCACUUUCGUCUAGGUUCAGGACCUGCAAGUUCUUUCUUAGUUUCGUCCCUGGCUUUGGUCGGCUAGCUGUGGUCGCGACGUAUAAUGACUUAAUCUUGUGCUGCCCAGAGGAUGGUCUUUCACGUGAUUACUACAUCUGUAAUCCAUACACCAAGCAAUGGGUUGCUCUUCCUCCAGCGCCAAGAGUUCAUCGAGCAGUAGCAAAAACGGGAUUCAUAUGCGACGGUGCCUACUAUAACAGCAAGGAGCUCGACGGUGAUCGUAUAACAAGUACAAAUGCUGGCAUCGAGCUUAAUUCUGAGUAUAGGUACAGAGUUGUGAACCAAAUUCGUCAGCGUGGACCGAAUCCCUUGCAGUUCAGGGUGGAGAUCUUCUCAUCGGAGACUGGUGAAUGGACACUGUCAGUUAUACAAUGCCCCCAAGACUUCCUUAACUUUGAUGACAUCAAUACGGUAAUGCUUGCCUACAAAGGAAUGUUGUAUUGGUCUGCUAAUGGUGGAAUUCUUAUGGCGUUGGAUCCCUUCAACAACAACCCUAAGACCACUAGUACUAGUGGUAGUACUAGUGCUUAUAUUUUUGAGAAUCAAUUCUGUCGUUUCACUGCAUUUGAUAAGCCUACUUUUGCACCCGAAGACACUGAUAUAUGUCUUCAGUGUCUAAGCGUGUGCCAAGGGCGUUUACGGAUGUGCUACUCAGCGACUGGCGAGACUCUGAGUGCUUGGGAGUGGAAAGAAGUACAAGAGCAGUCGCAUGGGGGCAAAUUAAUGAAAUGGUUUUUGAUAAAAAGGUUUUUGUUGGAGGAACUGGUUACGGAGAAUAAUCCAGUAAUUAGUAUAUACGCAUGGUGGCGGACUAGGGUGUUGGCUUUAGACCCAAAAGAUGAGGAUAUCUUAUAUGUAGCUCUGGAUGGAGAUAUUGUAGCAUGCAACUUCCGUACAGGAACUUCGUUCAAGAGACGUGGAGGGAGGCCCAAAAAUGCUUGGAGUCUUUAUGACGUGGUAGCCUACUCAUUUUCACGCCCAUCUUGGCCGACACCAGUUCCUAAACCGUUUCCUCGUGAUGAUGAUGUAUUGGUUGAAAGAUACACUGAUAUGGAUGUGAUGUUAUUCUUUUCCAAAACCGAUAAUCCAAUAAACAGAAUCUAUCCGAUUUGGGAAUCUUUCAUCAUGGCUGCCCUUCCGAGCGGGUGCAAAUCACGCAGUUUAUCUCUCAGUUUCCUUCCUUGUUUUGAUCAAACCAGACAAAUCGAGUCAUAUGUGUUGGGGACAUAUAAUGACUUAAUCUUGUGCUGCGUAGAGGAUGGAUUUGCACGUGAUUACUCCAUCUGCAAUCCAUACACCAAGCAAUGGAUUGCUCUUCCUCCCACCCCUCGUGUUCAUCUGGAAUCAGUACUAACGGGAUUCACGUGCGACCAUCACUACUAUAACCGCGAGGAAAUGAUGGAUGCCCGGACAAGUACUUCCAACAACAAGCUUGAGUAUAGGUACAGGGUGGUGCGAAUUCCUGCACCUGUAGUUGAACAUAAUUUCUUGGAAUUCACGGUGGAAAUCUUCUCUUCUGAGACUGGUGAAUGGAGAGAGUCAGUUAUAUCGAGCUCCCGAGGAUUUAGUUUUACUUGUCACUCUUGUACUCCAGGCGUUGCUUACAAUGGAAUGGUGUACUGGUUGGUUUUUGGUGGCCUUCUUAUAGGGGUGGAUCCGUUCAACAACAUAAACAGCAGUAUUUCAACCGGUGCUAAUACUAGUGGUGACAUUGUCGUCAACAAUGAAUUAUGUCGUUUCGUUCAAUUCCAUAAGCCCGAAUACAACAUUGAACGUGUUGAGUGUUGUGAAUUAAGACUAACUCACUUCCCCUUAGGACCUUGUUGUUGA